CACAUGUAUAGGCGAGAGCGAUCAAGGCAAGUAACAACAACAUUCCGUUUUUAUACCAAGUCCACUUUCACUUGCUGCUUGAGUAAGUUUUAUUUUUGCGCUGCAUUUGGGAAAUCCUGUCUCCAUCUGACAAUUCAUUUUACAAGGGAACAGCAACUGGUUUUAGGAGAUUUAUUCAGUGCUCCUCAGAUAAAUGGAGACGAGGAUUUGCAGCCUAUUAAAUGCUAGACCGAUAAUAACUUUACGUUGAUUUAUUUGGACAUGCUCGCAUCGUGCUCACAUCUGACGGUGGAGUGUGCGGUAGCUGCACAUAUGACGGUCUGUGUGUUGGGGACACUAAAUGUAAUUCGUCCUUGAGUUCAAAAACGGGAAACAGCAGCGUGUGAUCCUGCUACUUCAUACGCGAGAAAUGAUCGAUCGAUCCGGCGACAUUCAUCCGGGUGCACAUUAGGAGGCUAUGGGCCACUGCUUGAUUAUUGUGCAGAACUGGAUCUUUCUGGCAUACGCAUCUCGCGCCCAGUUGCACAGGAGCAGCAGCUGCACCAGCCUCACUACAACGGAUCUGCUGAUCCGUGAGGAACCCCGAACACAGGAGUGCAUGCGUUGCUGUGUCCGGGCUCGAUGAAUUAUUCUUGCCCAUGGCACAAAGGAUUGUGAUAAUUUGUUGUGGAAUCUGAAGAGUGAUAAUCAAUUGUGCGGGGGGCUGCGCGUGCUGCCAGGACUGCUUCGGAAAUGGGUUCGGAUUUUGAUUGGGCGUACACUCUCAUGGACUCAUCUCGCGUGUCCACUUUCCUUAUCUCAAUAUUGCUAAUUGUCUACGGCAGUUUCCGGUCGUUAAAUAUGGAACAACAAUCGGCCUCGAACGCAGAAAAAGAAGCAAAGCAGGAUAAGAAAGGUCUAAAGGCGGCCGAUGCUUCUUCGCAAGGUUCCUCACACACGGACGUGGAUGCCUUCCAAGCUAUGUGUCUUCCGGUUGGAGCCAGCGUCUCGCUGCUGGUGAUGUUUUUCUUUUUUGACUCGAUGCAAACAAUAUUUGCCGCCUGUACAGCCAUUAUUGCUUCCAUUGCCCUAGCCUUUCUCCUCUUGCCCAUGUGCCAGUAUUUCAUGCGACCUUGUGCCACCACCCACACUUCAUACUCUAUUUGGCCUCUUUGUGGUCGGUUUUCCGCCCCGGAACUGGUAUCUUUUGGACUGUCCGUACCGAUUGUGUUCAUCUGGACCCUGACGGGGCACUGGCUACUAAUGGAUGCUCUGGGAAUGGGUUUGUGCGUGGCGUUUAUUGCUCUAGUCCGUCUUCCCAGUUUGAAGGUUUCGACGCUCUUGUUGACGGGGUUGUUGUUAUACGACGUGUUCUGGGUGUUUUUCUCAUCCUACAUUUUUAACUCCAAUGUCAUGGUGCGUGUGGCUACUCGUACCGCCGAUAAUCCUAUGCGAGCCCUGGCGCGUCGUCUGAACGUGGACUCUAACAUCAUUAACGAGGCGCCCAAACUGAGCCUUCCUGGAAAACUGGUUUUUCCCAGUAUUAAAACGUCGGGUCAGUAUUCUAUGCUGGGACUGGGCGACAUUGUCAUGCCUGGAUUGCUGCUGUGUUUCGUCCUCCGUUUUGAUGCGCAUAAGAAACAGCAACUGCGUAACGAAGUGGGUCUUCCCGGUCCGGUCAGCUCAUUGGAGAGGGUGCGCUACUUUCACUGCGCACUCAUCGGAUACUUUCUCGGUUUACUGACGGCCACCGUCUCAUCGGAACUGUUUAAAGCAGCCCAGCCGGCAUUGCUGUAUUUGGUGCCCUUUACAUUGCUGCCCCUGCUCUUGAUGGCCUACUUGAAGGGCGAUCUGCGUCGGAUGUGGAACGGGUUUGAUCUGCUCAAUUCCACGGGUAACGGGCCGCAUCCUGGCAAACACAUUGAGGUGUAAGGAUCAGCGCGGAUUGGGGCCGGCUUGUCUAGCUUGUCGUGUGCGGUUCAAAUGCCAAAUGAUCUCUGUUUCACUUUCACCGGUCAGUUGCGGACGAGUGGCACGAAUUGGCUGGUUCUCUCUUGUUUGGGUUGGGUCAUUGGGAGCCGGGAGGUUACACUGUGCGUUGUCUUCAAAGAAAGCACUGUUAAGCUGAAAUAUCAGAAAAUUUUCAACGGGAUUUUAUUCGUUUUGGAUGAUAACAUGUGUUGCACGUAUUGUAAUAUAUAUUGUGGCUGUUUUUAUGUUAAUUUUUAAUUUCAUCGAUCUACGUAGGCGCUGCUUAUCGGUUACUGUAAAAUGUAAACGUAUUGGCACCCUUAUGCCGAUAUGGACUAUGGAGUCGGUUUCCGAUGGAUGUUUACUAGUAUAAGGAUUUCGACAGUUUUGUAAACUGGCUUUGCUGAUGAUGAUUUGUCAGCAGGCUUGACAAUGUGAUAUGGAUUAACGAACAAAAAAGCAA